AUGCCCACUCCUGAGCAGCAUGCCUACCACGUGGCCAACCUGGUUGAAGCAGUCCAGCGGCGGCCUGACAUCCGCGACAUCUACAUAGACAUUGGUUGCCACGUGAAGGGCACGUUAAGGGCGGCGUUUGAGGAGCUGACACAGCAAGAGCCGCCACUUCUGUUGCCGGCAAAUUUGGAGAAGAUCAACAUCUGGGUGCCAUGGAUGCAUGGCUUUGAUCACGACCUGCCGUGCCAGCUGAAGAACAGUGGGCUGUACCAGGAGGGGGUGGGCCGCCGGGUUGGGGAGCAGAUGGAGCAUCUUUGGUCCCGCGGCAAGCCCUUGUUUCUGGUGGCUCGCUACAUGACACCAGCGCACUGGUGGGACAGCAUGAACGCGCUGCUCGAGCUGCUGACUACACUGCUUCAACAUGAGCUGCCAAAACUGCUGUCUUCCAAGCUGGAGGACAUCUGCAAGAGCAUCC